CGUCACAAUCAGCUGUUUGAACGUUCCAAUUUGUGCUGCGAGCCCAAGAGCAGCGGCGGCACAGACUCAAAGCCCCGCGGGCCAGCGCAGCAGCCACGAGCGUCCCACGCGUAGCCCUGCUGCCUCUGUACCCAACCCCCGCGAUGAGGCCGGGCCUGUGAUCAGCCGCAGACCCUCGGCCGUCCCGCCGCACAACUACCUCAGCGCCACCCCGUCCGCGCACCGCUCCCGCUCCCAGGUUUUUUGCACUGCGAUAGGGCGCCCCACUGAGGCCACUUCACUCCCCCACCAUGUUCCAGCGCCUCACCAGCUUCUUCUUCAGCACACCCCCGCCCCCUGAGGACCCCGACUGCCCCCGGGCCUUCGUCUCCGAGGAGGAUGAAGUGGACGGCUGGCUCAUCAUUGACCUGCCGGACAGCUACGCGGCUCCACCCAGCCCCGGGGCUCCCCCCGCCCCCGCAGGCCGCCCUCCGCCCGCGCCCUCCUUGAUGGACGAGAGCUGGUUUGUUACCCCUCCCGCCUGUUUUACUGCAGAGGGGCCCGGACUCGGGCCCGCCCGCCUCCAGAGCAGUCCCCUGGAGGACCUUCUCAUCGAGCACCCCAGCAUGUCUGUUUACGUCACCGGCAGCACCAUAGUGCUGGAGCCGGGGCCCCCUUCCCCGCACCCCGACGCUGACCUGCCUGACGGCGACCUUAGCGAUGGAGAGCUGGCGCCCGUCCGCCGCGAGCCCCAGGCCCUGCACCACGCUGCCGCCCCUCUUCAGGGGCGGGCAGCACUGAUGGAGAAGGCGGGCCAGGUGCGGCGGCUGCAGCGGUCCCGGCAGCGGGCGGAGCGCCACGCGCUGAGCGCCAAGGGGCUGCAACGGCAGAACCGCGCCCGCGAGACCUGUACGCGCCGGCCCAAGCACCAGGGCAGCUUCAUCUACCAGCCGUGCCAGCGCCAGUUCAACUACUGAGCGUCAGCCGGCCGCACCACAAACCCCUCACCGACCCCCGACCCCUGUCGGAGGCCCUCCGGCGCAGCCAGUGUGCUGUUCGAGGGGCGCCCGCAGCCUGCCCAGGGCUGGACACCACCGCCCCCCUCAUGUGUCUGAGGUGGGGUAAUAGCCCCCUCUUCCACCCACUCAAUUUCCUUCUCUCUGAUCCUCUAAUCCGCCUCUGAACGCUCCCCUCCCUUCACCUUCCCUCCUUCUGGCCCUCAUGCCCUGCAUCUAGUCCUCCAUCUCCCCUACCUGACACUCCAUCCUUCCUUCUCUGGUCCCUGUCCCCAUCGCUACCCUUACAUUCCCCUUCAUCCUUGCCCUCCAGUCCUCUACCUCUGGCCCACUCCUAUUUCUGAGAGUCUCCUCUUCCAGUCCGAGAUCUGGCUCUUUCCUCACCUUCCAAGCCUCACCCUAUCUCAUGUUUGGCACUACACUCGCUCCUGCUCCCUUAUUAUUCAUUCCCAGUAAUUCCCUCCAAAUGGAUGGGGGGGACGACUGAGACUUAAAGUUUCUGUCUUUCGUCUGGCCCUUCCCUUUCCCCUGGGGGCUGGGCUCCUUUAGUUGCUUAGGCCUGGAAAGGUAAAGUAUGUGGAAGAGGACUGUGAGAUGUGAGUUAGAGGGAGUAGGUGGAGGGAAUUAUGGGAAAGAGGCAGCCUAUUAGAAAUGUAGACAAGACAGACUGGUUGAGAAGCUAUAGGAAGCAGGGCAUCAUGGGAGCUGGUACUGUGCUUGCUCAGAGGCCAAGCCCUGCUCAGGCUGAAGCCUGGAGUCGGCCCCCACUUCCCUUUCCUAUAAUCCUACCUCCCAAAUUUCUUCCUGAAACCUACCCCUCUGCAGGCCCCUAAGUCUGAAGGGCUUAGUCUGUACCUUGCUGCCCUAACCCCAACAUGUCACUCCAGGAGUAGAGGCUGGGCAAGGCCCUGCCAUCCUGGCCAUCUAUUCACAUGCCCAAGGUGCUAGAACUAGCUUAGGAGACAUACAGGACAGAGGGCUUCUAGGCAGGCACAGUGCACACCCCAGUGUAAGAAUGUAAGGGAAUGAUGCUGGGGAGUACAAGCUGUGGGGUGAAGCCAUCUCAAGAAUGACAGCUCAGCCUUCAUCUUGCCUCUGGCUUUGUAUUUCACACCCUGCCCAGGAUGCCUACUAAACACUCCUGGGUAGGAGGCCAGGAACUUCACUGUUCCAAUCCCCAAAUAGUCCCUAUCCAGGUUCAGGGCUUUCAGGGGGACUCUCCUCAUUUUCUCCCCCAGUGCUCUUCAUUUCUAGGCUGCUGGGGAGAAACAGGUGCCCUAUGGUUGGUUCCCCCGCUUCUCCUCUAGUAAGUACCUGGAGGAGGGAACCUGAAUCCCUGGGUGAGACAGAGGGGACGGGGGUAGCCAGUUUUCCCCUUCUAUUGGUGGGACUGAAUUUUGGGCUCAGACACCAGCAACAGCCUCUUGGGAUACCCCGAGUUGCUUCCCUUUUCCUCUUUCUAACUGUCCGUUUCUAGUGCGUGCUCUUUCUUCCUUGAAACUUUUAAGAUUUCCUGUUAUAUUCUAACACAGGUCUUCCCCCUCACCCCAAUUCCAGGUUUCCAG